AAGAGUGUAGCCGGUACGGUAACCGCAGAUUGCAGAUUGUCGUGAGAGCUCAGCGCACGCGCACGGGUCGCGCACGCUUGUGGUCAGUGAACAAAGUGCAAGUUUAGUGAAACACUAUUGGAUCCCAUCUCCGUUUAGAUCGAGGUGACUCAAUGGCGCAACACCAGUUCUCCUGUUUGAUCAUUAUCGCAGCAUUAAGUACACAAUCAUGUUGGAGCGACAGCUUGCAAAGAACGACACCCAGAACUCCAGACAUGACGCUGCCCAGCCUGCUGAAGGAGGUAGAGGACAACAGCAGAUACAAAACCCUCGAGGCCAAUGCCACGAUACUGAACCUUCUCGUCAAUGACAAGGGCGGAGUUAGCAGAUCGGAAGUAUUCGAUAUGCUUCACUCGCGAGACGACAGAGAGGACCACAUCGACCUGCCGAUCUUUCCAGAAGACAUCGAGGACAAAAAAGCGAGUGUGCCCUUGAUACCGGACUCGCAGGCUGAAUAUUUACAAGGUGCCGAGUCAGUGGUGAACAAGGACUCGGUGCGGUCGCGGUACCGCGGGGAGGGCCCGGGCGCGGCGGCCGGCAUCAUGGUGCUUGUCACCUGCAGCAUCGUCUGUCUCGCCUACACCGCGCUCAUCGUGUGGCGAAGGAUAUACCUAAAGAGAAACGGUCUUAAGCACGAGUUACUGAGAAACGAAGAAACCAUGGCGGAAACUAGAAUUGAAUUAUAAGGACAUAGCUGUUUAUCAAUAAUUUAUCAUUGACAGUCGGCACUCGGCGGCACACCCUACUUCGAUCAGUGCCCGAUAUGGACCGAUAAGAAGUCAUGUAGAUCGCAUUUAGAAGAUGCAUAUUAAGACUGAAUUUGUUUGUAUGUUUGUAAAAAAUUGCCAUCUCUAAUAGCAUUAGCGUGGUUAAUAAUUUAUACUUCUCUAACAAUAGUUUAAGAAUUUAGUUGUGAUCUGAAAUAAUAUAAAUUGUCUAGUCUAAGCCAAUAUUUCUUCAUUGAACGUUAGACGUAAUGUAGAUACAAAUCUUUAUAAUUUAAGAACCUUUAAGGAGUGAGCACACUGAGACAGGCCGUGC